GGCCGCUCCCCACCUGAACCCCGACGCUCCUCCGCCUCCCCACCCCGCCCCACUCAACCCCGCGCCUCUCGCUCGCUCGACUCCUCCCCUUCACCUCCCGGGGCGCAUUAACACCUUCCUAAUCAGUUUCCCCUUCGCAUCCCCGCACCAAUCCGCGCCGCGUUCCAAUCCAUUUCCGGCCCCUCGAAUCAUCCCCAAACCCUACCCGCCGCCGCCGCCGCCGCCGCCGCGUCCCCGCCCGCCGCGCGGGCGCAGGGGGGCAGGGAGGAGGAGAAGAUGGGCCGGUGGGGGAUGAAGCUCGGCGACAUGGCCGAGUUCCAGUGCUUCGUCUGCAAGGACGCCGGCGACGUCCGCGUGUGCGACGCCAGGAACUGCCUCAAGAGCUACCACCCGGGCUGCGUGGGGAAGGAGGACGACUUCAUUGAUUCCAGUGACCAAUACGUUUGUGAUUGGCAUAAAUGUUCUAAUUGUGGAAGUGAUGCACUCUAUUUAUGCUUAUGCUGUCCAAGUUCCUCUGCUUGUGGAGACUGCUUUGGAAAAGUUGAUUUUGUCCCAGUGAAGCAGAGCAACGAAUUCAACAUGGGAUUCUGCCGCAGCUGUUUUAAUAUGGCAAUAGCGACUGAGAAAGAUGAUGCUGAAGAGGCAAAGGUUGUUUUCGGAGGUACCCCGGAGCACUAUCAAAUAUUGUUUAAAGAUUACUGGACAAUACUUAAUGACAAGGAGUGUUUUACAUUGCUCGACUUGCAACUAGCAAGUAUUCGUCAUAAAAGAAGCCUACAGUGUAAAGAAGGGAAGGAUUCGGACGAGUAUCACAAGACAGAUGGAAAGCCAUUGGGUGACAAUGAUGGUGCUGGUCCAUCAUCUCUUCUUGACACAAUGGACAAACCAAAUGAAGUGCAAGCAACUCUGAAGAGAAAGAAACUGGAGAAGAGAACAUAUGUUGGGUGGGGUUCAAAAGAGCUAACAGAAUUCCUAUCAUGUAUUGGUAAGGAUGCAAGCACGCCUCUUGACCAUUUCAAAGUUGCUGAAGUUGUCAGGGAGUAUGUUCGACAGAACAAUCUUCUAGAUGGUAAGAAGAAGAAAUCUGUCAUGUGUGAUGAGAACCUGCAUUCUUUAUUUAACAAAAGGAAAUUUAAGUACAACAUGAUCCAUAGCCUGGUGGAAACGCAUCUUUCCGCAAAUGCGAUUUCAGAGGAUGAAAGUGAUGGAUCUGUGGAUGAUAAUGGUUACACGGUGAAAAAGAAGCCUCGGAAUAGUUUGGAGCCAAAAAUACCUAAGAGUGUUUCAGGAAUAGACCCAAUAAUUCCUAAGAGUGUUUCAGGAAUAAACAAGAAAUGUCUUGCUGCUCUCAAUCCGAAUAACCUGAAUCUGAUUUAUCUGAGAAGAACCUUAGUUGCAAAACUUCUGACUGAGCCAGACACAUUUGAACAGAAGGUUAUUGGCUGUUUGGUCAGAGUGAAGAAUGAUCUCAAGAGUUAUACUUAUAUGAUGACUAAGAAAUAUUACCAGAUUGGACUAGUUACAGGCAUUAAGAAAUCUUCAGAAGAAUACAAGAUUAAGAAUACAUGUACAGAUGUUCUUUUAUGUGUUUCCGGUAUGUGGGAUGAUGUCAAGAUCUCAAUGCUAUCAGAAGAGGACUUUGAGGAGGAUGAGUGCAAUGAUCUUCUGAAGUCGGCCAAGAAAGAGCUCUUCAAAAGGCCUACUGUGGCUGAGUUAGAGGAAAAAGAGGCAAGUGUACAUGCAGACAUAGUAAAUCAUUGGUUUCAUAAGGAGCUUCGAAAAUUGGAAAUGGAGUUGGAACGAGCGCGUGAGAAGGGGUGGCGCCAGGAUAUCCAUGACAUAAGUUGUCAAAAAAUGCUUCUAAGCACACCAGAAGAAAGACAGCGCCGUCUUGAGGCGAUCCCGGAAGUUAUUCCAGAUGCUGAAGAGGAGAGUAAAGAAACUGGGAUUGAAUCAGCAGCGAACAUUCCUUUUCAAGGGAAUCGAGCAGAAGAAAGACAGCGACGUCUUGAGGUGAUCCCCGAAGUUAUUCCAGAUGCAGAAGAAGGGAGUAAAGAAACUGAGAUUGAAUCAGCAGCAAGGAGCCCUUUUCAAGGGAAUCGAGGUGUGAUACAGACAGUAGCUGACCCUUCGGAAGUUGGCAUAGAUGAAUCGCUAGAAGGUGCAUCUCUGCGACAUGACGCUGCUUGUGAAGUUGCUUUUGAAGCUACCGGCAAAGCCCUCUGCAAUGGUGGCACUCCUGGUCCUGGAUUGCACACUCCAUUGAACAAAGCUGCCGGCAAAGCCCUCUGUAGUGGUGGCACUCCUGGUCCUGGAUUGCACACUCCAUUGAACACAGCUGCCGGCAAAGCCCUCUGUAAUGGUGGCAGUCCUGGUCCUGGAUUGCACACUCCAUUGAACACAGUUAUUGCAGUUACUGGAGUCAUUGAUAUCGACAACGAGGAGGAUGGAAAUGGUCCUAGCCAUCACAGUGGUUGUGACAAACAAGAUAUCAUCGAUCUGGUCAGUGAUGACGACGAGGAUGUUCAAAUGGAGCAGCGUGAGCCAGAACAGGCAAAAUGUGAUGGACCAGAAGCCGUUAAUGGGAUCGCUGCGCAUGCACAUGACGGACCGGAAGCCGUCAAUGGGGUCACCGUACCUACAGUCCGUGCUUCCAAUGAUCUGGAUGGAAACACGGGGCCUGCAUGCAGUACGUCACAGGCCAUGGCGCGUGAUCCCGUAACCGUGAAUGGGACAGGCAAGUCAGAUCAAGGGUGGCUGUACAAGGAUCUUCAGGGGCGAGAGCAUGGGCCAUACCCAAUGGCUCAAAUGCGGGAGUGGCAGCAAAGUGGGUACUUCCCUGAGGGCUUCCGCGUGUGGAGAGCAGGGAAAUCAAGGCGGGGGAGAGGCUACAUGUUGCUGAUAGAUGCCAUGCGGCUGCACUAGUGCAGUGGCCUCUUUGCGUUGCAUUCUGCUUGGAAAGCCUUGGGGAGUACAAUUUUGUUCGUUGCUUUGCUCAACUGUAACUGAGCCGGGCACCAUUAUAGUUGAUAUGUUAUUGUGGAUAUUUGGUUUGGGUAGGAGAUGGUCCAGAGUGGAAAACUCUCUUGCUGUACAGCCAACUCCUUGCUCCUCUCCAUUCCAGCAACAUAGUCAUUUUUUAGCAGAUUCUGAUGCAGUUAAUUCCCAUAGCAUUGAAAUUCAGAUUUGUUUUGUGUUGUCAGUGUAGAUUGGAUCCUGACAGCAAUAGUUUGGGCCUAUUUGAUUCAUGCCCGUACUUUGUUGAAUAAAAGCUGGUACACUUUUGACUUUUCA